AUGGAGGGUGCAAGACCAGAUUUACCUGAACCCAGCUGUGUCUCCAUGAAGAGCGACCAGUCAAUACAUCCUCCACUUUACUUUAAAGAUGGAGGAUGUUCUACUGAUCUGAGUGUGAUGGAGGGUAUGAGACCAGACUCACCUGAACCCAGCUGUGUCUCCAUGAAGAGCAACCAGUCAAUGUAUUAUCCACUUUGCUUUAAAGAUGUAGGAUGUUCUACUGAUCUGGGAUCACAAAAGAAGAAAUUAAAUGUUACUUACAGAGAUCAGUUGGAAUCCAUAUUUAAGGAACUGGAGCUCAAAGUCAUCAGCAUGUUAAACUCCUCCAGUCUGAAACAUCUGAACCUGAGUUACAAUGAACUGAAGGAUUCAGGAGUGAAGCUGCUCUCUGCUGGACUGGAGAAUCCACACUGUAAACUGGAGAUACUGGUGUUGGUUGAUUGUAAUCUAACAGAGAAAAGUUGUCAAGUUCUGUCCUCAGUUCUCAGUUUAAACUCCUCCAGUCUGAAACAUCUGAACCUGAGUAACAAUGAACUGAAGGAUUCAGGAGUGAAGCUGCUCUCUGCUGGACUGGAGAAUCCACACUGUAAACUGGAGAUACUAAAUGCCUUCAAUACCAUCCAGCCCUGCCUACUGAGUGAGAAGCUGGUGAAGAUGCACCUGCACCCUGAUACCACAUCCUGGAUCACAGACUACCUCACAGGCCGGCCACAAUAUGACAGAUGUUUCUGAGCCUGUGAUCUGCAACACUGGUGCACUCCAAGGAACUGUACUACCACCAUUCCUCUUCAUGGUAUACACCUCUGAUACUAACUCUGCUUCCUGCCACCUCCAGAAGUUCUCCAAUGACUCCUCCAUUGUUGGAUGUAUCACCAGGGACAACGAGGAGGAGUACAGAGGACUGAUCGAGAGCUUCACUACAAGGUGCAGUGAAAAUCACCUGAAGCUUAAUAUCAGCAAGACUAAAGAGAUUGUGGUAGAUUACCAGAAGAACAGAAACACCCCUGUCCCUGUUUUCAUACAGGGAAAGGAGGUGGAGAGGGUGGACUCCUACAGGUACCCUGGGGUACAUAUAAACAAUGAACUGGACUGGACACAUAACACUGAUGCCAUCUAUAGGAAAGGACUUUCUGAGGAGGCUGAGGUCUUUCAUUGUGUGCAACAGACUUCUGAAGGCUUUUUAUUAGUCUGUGGUUGCCAGCGCCCUCUUUUUUUGCGGUGGUGUGCUCCGGUGGUGGCAUCAAGGCUGGAGAUACCAACAAACUAAAUAAGCUGGUGAGGAAAGCCAGUUCUGUUGUGGGUCUACAGCUGGACAGUCUGGAGGUAGUAUAUGAGAGGAGAACAAAGGACAAAAUCAGGGCCAUCCUGAAUAAUCCUUCUCACCCUCUCAAUGAGGAACUAUGGCAGCUGGGCAGUUCUUUUAGUCAUAGACUAAUCCCACCGAAGAGCAAGACGGAGCGCUUCAGAUGUUCUUUUGUGCCAACUGCCAUCUCCUCCAUCCAUUUCCCAGCACUGGACUCUACAUCUCUAACUAUACACAUAUGUAUAUAUUUACAUAUAGAAUAUAUAGUGUUUGUAUUAUAUUGUUGUCAUUACUAUACUGUUGUAUAAUAAUAAUUGCAUCUCAUAGCUAAUAUUUUUUUAUAAUUUCCUUAUUUUUAUUUUAUUUACUCUAUUUACUGUAGUUACACUUGAA